CCAAAAAGAAAAAAAAAUACCAUAAAAGUUUAACAGUAAAGAAUUAGUAUCCAAAGUCUCAACUAGAGAAGCUUAAUAGUCACUAGUGUUGAGCAAUGGAAAGCACUACUGACCAUUGGAUCAUUACUAAUCAAAGGUCAUGAUCAACCCCUGUCAUAAAUGCCUUCUCAGCCUCUCCUAUUAAGCAACACAAAGGUGGUUGCUAUCUUCUAAUACUCCCAAGUCUGAACCUUUAACCCACAAACCCCCCCUCCCAAAUAAAAGGUUUUUCUCUUAUGGAGCUUGAUGAUCAUAAGCUCAUUGAAAAAUCUGUGACCCAAUCAAUGUUUCUAUCUGGUAAUUACUCGAACAAACCAUUCAUGAAAAAUGGAUUUUUCUUUGAAGCUGCACCUUCAUCAUCAUCAAAAGGUGGUUUUCUUCAAGAUUUUCACAAUUUCGAUCAGUUUCAUGCAAAUGGGUCAUCUUUAAAUCCAAUGUUUGAGGUUCAAACUGGGUCAAAUUUUGAUUCUUUUGAUGCUUUUCCAUAUGGGUCCACAACGAACAUGGAUUUAUAUGACUAUGAGUGCAAGCCACUUGCAGAUAUUAAUAAUAUUGGCAGUGGUGGGCAUGGUCAGGUCAUGGACAAUUUCCAAAAUGGAGGUCACUUAUUACAUCUUUCUCCGAUUGAUAUGGUGGGAUCAAAUAAGGUUCAAGGUCAUAUGUCCUUGAAUCUUCAAGAAAUGAAGCCUAUAAGUUUUGUUGUACCAGAUGAAGUAUCGUCAGUCACUGCUAAUAAUCAUGAGUACCCCAAGAAUGUUGGUGUUAAUAAGAAUAAUAGGGUUUCGGCUUCAACAAGGAAGACGUGGAAAGCUCGCAAGAAGAAUAAUGUAGUGAAAGGGCAAUGGACAAUUGAUGAAGAUAGGCUACUGUCUCAGCUGGUUGAACAGUAUGGAAUUAGAAAAUGGUCUCAUAUUGCUCAGAUGUUGCCUGGAAGGAUUGGAAAACAGUGUAGAGAGAGAUGGCACAACCAUCUUAGGCCUGAUAUCAAAAAGGAUGUAUGGAGUGAAGAGGAGGAUAAGGUACUCAUAAAAGCCCACGCAGAGAUUGGAAACAAAUGGGCAGAAAUUGCUAAAAGGUUGCCAGGAAGAACUGAAAACUCAAUCAAAAAUCACUGGAAUGCAACAAAAAGGAGGCAAUAUUCAAAGAGAAAGUGCAGAUCUAAGUACCCCAGAGGGUCACUCCUUCAAGAUUAUAUCAAGAGCUUGAACUUGGACCCUUGCCCUGGAAGAUCAUAUAAUCAAGGGAAAAGCUGUGCGACUGACCAUGCUAUUGCUUCAGAUCUUAAUAAUACAAUGAAAUUAGCACAAAACAACCAGCCCCAGGUGGCCUUGGAAUUUGUCCAAAAUGAUAGGUUGGUUCCAAAUUAUGUUUUCAAUGAGGUAGCAGAUUUUGAUUUUGAUGAGAAGAUUAUGUUUCAAGAAGGCUGCAGCUUUGAUUCUCUUCUUGAUGGGAUACCUUGUGAUCAUCAUCAUAAUCAUGUAGUUGAUGAGAAAAGCUUUGAGAUAAAUAUGGCAGUAGAGGAUGAUAUGACUCCAUUGAUGAUGGAUUUUGAAGUGAAGAAGGAGCUGGAUUUAGUAGAGAUGAUCUCUCAAGCCAAAAUGUAAAGGCUGUAUCAGAGCCAUGCAUCAGGAUCAUAUACAUUUUGGGUAGAUAUUACUAUAAGUUUACGUUUUCAAAUUAUAUACAAAGAGAAGAUUAAGCUCUUGAAAGAAGAAAAAAAAAAACUUGAUUGCAUUACGUGUUAUUAUUCCAAAGUAAAUGGUUAAGUAAGCUAAUGGCAAGCAAAACCUAGGCAAUAUAUGAACCAAAGAAAAAAAAAAGGCAACAUAAAUAAUAAGAAAAAAAGCCAAUAAAUG